AUUCGCGACGUUAGUAUGACAACAGCAGCUCGCGGCUCGUCUGUGCCGCCGUCGUCGUCCGAAAACCGCAUAGUACAAGGGGAAACGGGUCCAAAACGAUACGAGUACGAAAACAAUCGGACGUAAUAACAUACAUCACGAAAGUCUACAUUUGUCGUUUUGUCGCCCUCCCUUCGGUAAUCGCGGUAAACCGUCGGGAUCGUAAUCGAAUUGGUUUUUUUUGUUACCGUUUCGCUAUUAUCGUCGCGGCGUAAGCGUGCGCGAUUUUCCACGACGGUUGAUAUCGUUACCUACACAAUACAUCGUAUUUUUAUCGUCGUUAUUAUCGAUUUUUAUAUUUUUUUUUUUUUGUUUUUUUCGUGCCAAUAUAGAAUCCGCGAUACGGCAGCUGCGGUAUAAUAUCGCCCGACAGUGUAGGCACCGUCGAGUGGUUUCAUAGCGUUACUCCGCCAAACUAAACGAGCAGUUGCACAAUAAGGCGGUGUAGUCCCUUUCACGUUUUUCUAUAAUACAAAAACAAAAUCGCGGGUUUUUUUUUUCGUCGAAUAAAAAUAGGUACCUAUAAAUUAAGUAUAAUAUCGUCAUACUACGUUUUUCGAUCGAUCCGAUCGGUGCGUUUCGCGCUCGAUAUUCACUCGAAAAACAUCGAAAUAUCGUUAAACAAAUUAUAAAAAAAUGUUCCAUUAUAUUAUGUUUAUUCGCACGUAUAAACAAUAUAAUUAUUAUGCUUACGGUUUAUGUUUUUUUUUUUUUUAGAACAAACGCCAUACGGUAAUACGCGGGAUGAUUUAAACAAGAAUAUCGCAACAGAGCGAUCUUUAACCGAUCGAUCGGCCGUGGUUAUUAUUAUCACCUAUACGUUAUUUCGACAACUCGCGGCGCAUGAUGUAAAUACGUUUUUAUAAACGCCCGGGAAAAAUGUCAGGUUAGUGUUGAUAAUCGUAUAAUAUUAUUGUCUUAAUAUUUUAUAUUAGGUAUUAUGUGUUAGGUACUGUAUUCCUUGUACCUAUAUUAGAGCGGACCAAAAAAAAAGCAAAACAAAACUAUUCGUUGUUUUUUUCGCGGGCUUAUACCUUUAGGUUGUUAUAUUCGUACGGACUAUACGUAACAAUAUACCAUCGAAUUUCACGAAACGAAAAGAAAUGUCCGCGAGCAAUACGAUGACUGACGACCUAACGGAAUUUUUAUAUGUAAUUUUUUUUUUUUCUACACGAUUUAAUUAUCGCUGCAUUAAAAAUUAAAAAAUCAUCGGUGUAUAAUUAGGAACAAAUAAGGUCAUAUAAUUGAUAAGAAGAAAAUUAAUGUCAACAAAAUUAUAAGCCGCGAAACGUACAAAUUUACCAAAUAAUAUCGAUAACAUCAUCGACUCAUCAACCUGUAAUUAUUAUUCUUGAAAAAGCGUUGCUUUUUUUAUUAUUAUUCUAUAUACAUGAUAUUUUUCGUUCAGCGAUAUUUCAAACCGUAAAAAAAAAAAACAUUACAAUAUACAAAUUACGUUAUUCUUCUGAAAUCGAUGCUCGCCAACCGAAUUUUUUUUUUUCUUUUUUUUUUCGUAACAUUAGAUUCGAUGGUAGGUAUUGUUUCAACUGUACAAAUAAAAUAAUGAAGAUAGGCCAGCGAAAAAAAAAAGAAAUGUUUUAUGUUUUAAUAUGUUUUCCUACUACUAGACAUUUUUAACGACAAAAAAUUAAAUUAGAUGAAAAAUGAGCUUACAAAUUCGGGUAUUAAAGUUGUUUUAUAGGCGAAUUGAAGUGACAAGAAUAAGGUUGAAUUUCAAUAUGAAUUUCAGCGUAUUGUUGUGAGAGGGAUAAUUUAACUUUUAACACCCAAAAUGAAGCUAGGUGAUGAAAUUGCGAACAGUAUAUAAUAUAGUAGUAGCUACGUUACUAUCCUAUCUAAUAUCUAAAUAGCUUUUUUAUAUAAUUCUGGUGUACGAACGCAUUACAAAAUUUCACGAAGAGUGAUCAUGAAAAUAAUAUAAUUGCACGCACUUGACCUACAUCGAUUAAAUAUGUAAAAACCUAAAUUACCUAUACAUACGGAUUAUAGGUAACAAAAUAUGUAAAAAAAAUCCUAAAUUCGUAAUUUGUUUUUCUGUUUUAUCUCAUACAGAGUACAUAGGAUUCGGUAGUUUACCAGAUAUAGUUCAUCGGAAAACCGUGAAAAAAGGAUUCGAGUUCACUUUGAUGGUGGUCGGAGAGUCCGGACUCGGGAAAUCCACGCUGAUCAAUACGUUAUUUCUAAGCGACUUGUACAAAGACCGAAAAGAAUCCAGUUAUGGUAUAAUAUAUGAAUCGCUAAAACACAAGUUCGAAUUUUAAAAUCGUUCAAAAAUAAAAGACAAAAACAAUCAUUAUCAAUGAAAAUUUAAAAAUAUAUAAUAUUGUCAUGUUAAUUACUAAUAUUACAGUGUCAAAUGUCGUCUAGACGUUUCUACAAAAAUUUUAAAAAACUUUGAGUGUUAAAGGGAUUUUUUUGUCUUUCUAGUACAAUAUUUUAAAACUUGAACAUGUAACCUUUCGUAUACCCUUAAUAAUAAUAUCAUAAAUUAACCAGCUCGCUAUAACAAUUAGGUACCCUAUGUAUUUGCGUACUAUGUUUAAUCAUUUUAAUUGUAGAACCUCCUCAGACCGCCAAGGUGGAAAAAAAAACAUUGUGCAUCGAAGAACAAGGCGUCAAGUUGAGAUUAACAGUCGUAGACACUCCCGGUAGGUAUCAAGUUUUUAUAAACCUGUCGGCAGAGCUGUACAAGAGGAUUCCAGAGCCUCAGGCUGCACACAAAUGUCUAUUCUUAUAGCCUAGUUAAGCUAUGCAAAUAAAAUAUAUUUGAUAAAGAUAGGCUAUUAUACAGUCUAAUAAUUUAAUUCAUUCCCAUUCGAAUUUCGCAUUUCUAUAUGAUGUGCAAAUUGUAGUUUAUUUACGUUUAUUUUUAAAACGCGCUUUUGCAGGCCUGAACUAAUCUUACUCUACAUAGUUACUGCACUGCCUGCCGGCUUCGUUUUAUUUUCAUUUUGUAAACACCCGCAAACUUAUAUUAUAGUAUUAUUAUUUUUACCAUUAUAUUAAACACAGGUUUUGGUUCGUCUAUGAGAAGUGAAGAUUGUAUACGGUCGUGCUGCGAAUACGUGGACGAACAAUUCCGCGCGUAUUUCGCCGAGGAAAGUGGCGUUAUCAGGAAAAACAUAGUCGAUAACCGUGUACACUGCUGUCUAUACUUCAUACCAGGACACUGCCACAGGUAUAUUUUUGUGGUAAAUUCGGUUCAAUAAUAGAUUCUGUAAUAUAAUUAAGUAGGUAUUUAUGCAUAAAUAAAUGUCACAUAUACGCGUUUAUAGCUUGAGACCUGUGGACGUGGAAUUCAUGUUGAGUAUUCAUGAGAAAGUGAAUGUUAUACCGAUCAUAAGCAAAGCGGACAUGUUGACCGAAAAGGAAAAAGCACGGGUCAAACAACGGAUAAAAGAUUCCAUCAAGGAACACGAAAUAAAGGUGGGCAAAAUAAAGUAUAUAUAAAACUAACUGAUUCGGAAAUGCUAUACUAUUCCUAAAUAAUAUUUUAAAUACCUAAUAGUAAUAAUAAUAAUAGUUUUCUUGCCAGUAAUGGCCGUAACAACUAAAUUGUCAUCCAUGUCACCCAGGUAAUCUGUGAAUAAACAAAAAUAAGUAAAUUAAAAGUUAGAUAUUUAUGUACCAAAAACAAUUAAAAACCCAUAUUUUACCCCCUCAAGAGUUGAAUUUUCAAAAAUCCUUUCUUAACGGAUGUUUACGUCAUAAUAGCUAUCUGUAUGCCGAAUUUAAGCCUGUUCUGUCCAGUAGUUUGGACUAGGCGAUGAUGAAUCAGUCAGUCAGUCAAGACAUGUGAUUUUAUAUAUGAUUAAUUGAAUUGGAAAAAAAAAUGUUUAAAUCAAGUUUACCAUAUAUCGACUUAAAAUCAAAAUCUUAAUACCCAUCACGAUUAGUAUGUAGGCAUAGCAUCCAUGUAAUAGAUUUGUAUGUUCGCUUAUUAAAAAAGGUAUCUAUAGGUAACUAUUGUCUAUAAUUACUCGAUAAUAUUAUUUAAUGUUCAAGGUUUAUCAACUGCCCGAUUGCGACAGUGACGAGGACGAAGAUUUCAAACAACAGGACAAAGAGUUAAAAUCGUGUCUGCCCUUUGCCGUGGUCGGAAGUAACACGAUUUUGGAAGUCAACGGAAAGAAAAUGCGAGGGAGGCAAUACGACUGGGGAUUAGUAGAGGGUAUACUAUAUUAUUACACCUAUUCAAUAUAAUUUAAAUAACAAACAAACUACAUAUUAUUGUGUAUACAUUUCAUUUUUAGAAUAUAUUAAAUACAUAUUGUACCUAUAGGUAGAUAAAUAGGACUGCAAUAUACAGGGUAUCCUACAGCCUACAAUGUUAACCUUAUGCUAAUAACGCUGUUCAUAAUCAUUUGUUUUUUUCAAUCGGGUUUUGAACAAGGGGCAUACAUGCAGAGAAAAAUCAAUUUUCAUCCCUUAAUUACUGAAAAAAUAUACUUUUUACUUUUUCACUUUUUAAAAUUUUCAAAGUGCCAUUUUUUAAAAUAUAUUACUCUAAAAAUUAUAAUGUGUUAUACAUUCAUAUCCGAUUAAUAGUUUCUUAGUUAUAAUGGCUUGAAUGUAUAGAAAAUAGGCGUAGAAACAAUUUUAAUUCAAUAAAAAAUAAGGAAUUACCGUGCUGAUAGUGAUUUCUUAUGGUGUAUCUAUAUAAAAUUAAUUGUUUUCGUGGCUAUUACUGAGAAACUUGAUCGAAUAUCAAUGUAUGUUACAUUACAGUUUUUAAAAUAUAUUCUAAUGGCUAUUUUAAAACUUGGAAAAAUAAAAAUGUGUCUACCUCGCACAAAAUUCGACUGAAAAAAACAUGAAUAACGACAGAAUUAUUCGUAUAAGGAUAACACUGUAGGACAUCCUGUAUGGCAAAAGUAAAUAUUUAACGACAAGUGUUUUUCAUCAUAUUUUUAGUGGACAACCCAGCCCACAGCGAUUUCACUAAACUUCGAAAUAUGCUGAUAUCCACGCACAUGCACGAUCUGAAAGAAGUCACCGAGGAUGUUCACUACGAAAAUUUCCGCACACAAUUGAUUUCAAAAAUAUCACAACAAGCGUUUAAAGAUAGAGGGUAAAUAAAAAUAAAUUAGAUUCAAAAAAGUGACCUAUUUAUUUAUACUUAUUAUUAAGAUGUUUUUUUUUUUUGAAAUAUGACUGAUUUUUCAUGAUUUUGUAUAGUAAACUGAAAAGAGACUCCAUACCGAAACUGCCGCCGGCACUGGACGAAACGGAUAUUUUAUUGAUUCAAAAAGAAGAAGAAGUAAGUUUGAUUUUUUUUUUUUUUAAAUAAUAUUAAUAUUAAUGUUUUUAUAAGACGAAAUAUAAUAAUAUGUUAAUAAUAAUGUUCAGAAUGUUUCAUUUUUGGUGAAAUUUUAGAUAUAAAGCCCAAAAAUUCUAAAAUUAUUUUAAAUGGUACAUUCUUUGGUUUAUUCAGCUACUUUUGAGCAUCUGCCAAAAAUAAUAUUAUUUUUAUAAACUUUACCAAAUUUAAUCAAGUCCGGUUUAAAUUCUAAUCACAGUAAAGUUAAGCUGUAUUUUUAAUACUAUUAUUGCGAGUAGGGGUAGUCUAUCAUAAAAAAGAAUAAAGUUAAGAAAGUAGGAUAUAGAAGGGAAUUUAAUAUAUUUUUGUACACAAUGACUAACCAUUGCUAACGAAAAACGAUUCUAAGUAGAGUUCGGUUACACAUGCUUUCAAUGUCAUAAUAUUUACGAUUUUCGUCAAAAUUUGAUGUUACAAUUCUUAUAGAAAAAAAAACACUACAUUAAACUCAAUUUUUUUUUUAACUACUAAGGACAAUCAUGAACCUCCUGUUAAAUUUGCAAGCAUUUCUGUUUGGUCUAACAAUUGUAUCCAUAGAGUACCUAAUACCUAUACUGAAUAAAUAUUACGUGAAAAAUUCGCUAAAUUAAAAUGUCAUAGCUCAAAAAUGGCUUAAAUGUUUUGAACAUUUUACCACGUUUAGAAAAGACAAAUAUAAGUUUUCUGUUAAAAUGUGUGUCUAUUUUGACUGAAUUACAACAAAAACGUGCAUAAUACGGACGUACUGAUAAGCAUGAUAAGAUAAAAUACAGAACAAUAUAAUAUUAUAUCAAUAACAAACACUGUCGAGUUCAAUCGUCAUUGAUGACUAUAUUUUGAUGUUUGAUGACUCAUCAAAUAUCGAAAACAAGCCCGUGUGAAGGAUUAUUCAUGGGGGGGAGAAAGUAAAAAAAAUGUAUUAAAAAAAUUAUCAAAUUUUUAGUAAAUAAUAUUAUAUUUACAUGCAUUUUUCAUAUAUAUUAAAAGGUAUUGAUAACACUAUUAUAGUGGUGUUUCUUUAUGAUGUAUUAUACAAUACAUUAUUGAGUAUAUACAAAAAUUAUUAUGAUAUCAAUUAUUGUUCUUAUAAAAUAUAAUUGACCAUAAGUCAAGUACACAAAUUUUAACUUUUUAAUCACUUUUAUAAUAAUGUUCUUCAAUAAUCCUUUGAAGUAAACUCACUUUUAAUUUUUUUCAAAACUAAUAACUCUAAAAAUGCAAAAGAAAGAAGACAAUUAAGGGUUUAGAUCCCUAAACCCCUCCUUUUUCUUACGCACGGGCCUGCCAAAACAUCAUCAAUCAUGAUUAACUUCAACCAUGUAGUAGAUAAACGAUACUGGGUUGUCGAUUUGCCUUCCCCCUCAAGGAUGACUAAAUACGUCUCUAUUGACGUGGUAUAGAAAAGUAUUUGAAAGUCUGAUAACUGAAAUCUGGAAAGAGAUUGUUCGAGAUAGAGGCAAUUUUUGAAUUGGAGAAAUGGCGGCAAUAACUCUUAGACAGUAAUCUUGUCAUCAAAAUAAGGAAAAUUUGACUCUAUUAAAGUAACUCUGUUGUUCCGAAAUGUACUUUUUUUUUCUACAAUUUAAGAUACUAUAAAUUCAAAAUAUUCCAGGAUUAUUUCCAGUCUAAUAAUAAAUUAUUAUUAUAUAUAUUAUUGUGUAUAUUAACUAGGAAUUUGUAUUUCAAUUCAGAUUCGCCGUAUGCAAGACGUUCUCGUCCAGAUGCAAGAGAAACUCAAGACCAACAACGAAAAGAGUAAUCACAAUUUAUACUUGGCGGCUCAAAAGUCACUGGAAAAUGAAAGCAAAAAAAUGGAUAACGUAAUUAACGUAUAACCGAUUUGUAUUAUUA